CCUCCAUUAUAUCUUAAUGUGUGCACUUGUUCUUCCUGAAGCAUCCUCACUGUGUCUCCUUUAUUUUGGACAUUGUUGGAAUAUAUUCCAUAUCUUGCCUUUCCGUGGGAAAAACUUGCUGCUGCUGCUUUAUUUCAACACCAGUGUCACGAGGAAACAGUGUACACACAGAAAACAAUAAUAUAAAAAAAGGUAACCGUUCUGUCUUGAGGGCUUGUGAGCCAGCAAAGAGCUUUCAGGAACAAAUAAUAAAGCUCUGGGGAGAGAGUUUCUCCCCCGGCCUCCCAUGGCCAUGCCUGUCUCAUCAGUCCAGGAAUGACCGUCACCCCUAAAACACACACUGCUCAACCCGAUUCCUCAUUUAACAACGACACAAGAUUGGAUCCGGUGAAGAUGGAUGAGGUGGACGUACUGCGGUUGAAGCCUUCAUCUGAAGACGCCGUGUCGCUGGUUUCCUCGUUGGCUGAGCCCAUCAACCUCGAAGAUUCCCAUUAUGCUUUGCUGCAAGCCGAGCUGGAGUACGACCUCCAGAGCCUGGAGGCGGAGUCUUGGAGCGUGGGAGUGGACCAGAACUACCUGAAGGCCCUGAGCAAAGAGGCCGUGAAGAGACAGGACGUCAUCUAUGAGUUGAUCCAGACGGAGAUGCACCAUGUACGCACCUUAAAAAUCCUCCUCCGUGUCUACCUGCACGAGAUGAGGCAGUCUGCGCAGAUCGAGGAGGCCAGGCUGGAGCGGCUCUUCCCUGGAGUGGAAACCCUGCUCAACCUCCACCAGCACUUCCUUAACUGCCUCAAAGCGCACCAACACCAAAGUCUGGAGGAAGGAAGCACAAACAACUACCAGAUCACACAACUGGGGGACAUUCUCAUCUCUCAGUUCUCAGGUGCACUGGGAGAAGGAAUGAUGGGGUGUUACAGUGUUUUCUGCGGUAACCACAUUGAAUCCAUCAGCUCCUACAAAGAGCUGGUGCAGAACAACAAGAAGCUGCAGAUCCUCACUAGGAAAAUAGGUCAGCUGCCUCUGGUGCGGAGGUUGGGAGUCCCUGAGUGUUUUCUGUUGGUGACUCAACGCAUCACAAAAUAUCCAGUACUGUUGGAGCGAAUCAUACAGAACACCGAAGCUGACACAGAAGAGCACAAGUCUCUGGUUCAGGGUUUGGCGCUGAUCAAAGACAACAUUUCCCAGGUGAACGCCCUGGUCAGUGAAUUCGAGAAAGCCGCUCGUCUCAGAGACAUCGGGCAGCGCCUGGAGCCAAAAUCUCAGGGCCGUAUGAAGAACGGAGGAGUUCUCCGCAAAGAGGAUCUGCUGCAGGAAAACAGGAUGCUGCUGCACGAAGGCACCGUCACCUGGAAGACCUCCGGGAGACAAAAAGAAAUCCAAGCUGUGCUGCUCUCAGACGUGAUCCUUCUCUUGCAGGAGAAAGAUCAGAAGCUUGUAUUUGCCUCCAUGGAUAACAAACCACCAGUGAUCUCCCUCCAAAGGCUGAUUGUGAGGGAAUUGGCUAACGAGGACAAAGCCAUGUACCUUAUCUGUGCGUGCACAACGAGUCUGCCGGAGAUGUACGAGAUCCACGCGCGCUCCCGAGAGGAAUGCGUCGCAUGGAUGGCGCUGAUUCGGGAAGCUGUGAACCGCUAUCCAGAAGAGCAGCAGCACCGCGAACUGACAGCCAGUCUGCAACAAUUCCAAGACAUUCUAAGAGUGAGGGAUGAGCAGAUAGUGCAAAGUCUGACAGAGAAGCAGCAGAUCUUCGCUGCUCUCUACCAGACGAUGACGGAGCAGGAAACCCCCCACAAAGGGCUGCUGCUGCGAGGAGACGCCACCCCCCUCCAGCAGGGGGCCACGCUGCUCAAAGGAGCCAUCGAUGAGGUGGAAAUCCUGCAGAACCUGCUCUUCUUAAGGAUUAGAGACCCAAACCUUGUUAUUGACGAGAGUAACACACAGGAGGGGCUGCUGCGGGGGGGCGAGACCUCAGCUGAUAAUAACCCUGCUGCAAGCGCCAUGAAAAAUGGAGAUGAAGCUGAGAGGCCAGGUGGCAGCGAAGCAUCGAGUGAGCCUGAACUCCAGGAGAGUUUCAGCUCUGAGAGCCUGGACCAGUUUGCCGAAGAUGACACACAAAAUCCUAACUGCAAAUUAACCUCCGCACAUUUCCCUGAAGCAGAGGUGUGUGACAGGGUGAUACUGCUUGCACAAAGGCUCUACAGUUUAGAAGCAAUCAUCGCCCAGCAGGACAGCCAGAUUGAGCUGCUGCACGCUUUCCACGCGAAGAGCAAGCAGCCGGCCCGUCACUACAGCAGCGUGCUGCUGGAGCAGGAGAAGCAGCGCAGCCUGGAGAAGCAGAAGGAGGAACUGGCCAACCUGCAGAAGCAGCAGGUCCAGCAUCGAGAGGUGCAGCAGCGCUGGGAGAAGGACAUGGAGCGGCAGAGGGUUCAGAUCGAGAGUCUGGAGGCUCAGCUGCGAAAGAGGGAGGAGGACUGCCUGAUGUGGGAGGGGAAGCUGAACGAGGACAGGGCUGCGCUGGAUGAGCUGAAGGAAAACUACCAGCAGGACCUGGAGAGGCUCAGAGAGUCCACGAGGUCCGUGGACAAGGACAAGGAGCGUCUGAAUCAAGAGAGGAGGCGUCUGGAGCACAUGCUGGAAAAAGUCAAGAACAUGAUGCCAGGAAACUCCAACUAUGAUGAUCCUUCACAAUUGCGGAGUCUGCAGUCGUUCAGGGGAAGUGUAGUGAACGGAGGUGGGACAUUAAAUUCAAAACCGCACAUCUUACCCACCAACUCGAAUACCUUGGAAGUCCCUCCGAAGGUGCCCCCGCGCAGAGAGAGCAUCAGCCCCCAGCCGGCCAAGCCCGAGCUGCCGCUCCACCUGAUCAGCACCACCAACCAGGUGCACAAACCUGCAUCCCUACUGCAGCAGAUCCCCACCAAGCUGGCCGCUGCGUCCAAGGGGAAAGAGAAGAGCUUCAAGACCAAGAGGUCCCACCAGAGAACGCACAGUGCAGCCUCUAUAGACGUGAGCCAGAUGCUGCCCAUCCGAGUGAUGGGGAAUGAAACGAGCAGUCUGAGAGCCAAACGCACCGGCAGUCCCCAAAUAAGAAUCUACCAGUCAGGUGCCUUUGACCCACCAGAAUCUGUUCGCAAUAAGAAAACGUCUCAGUCCUUCAGCACGCAAAAGAGGAGCAACGAUGGUCCCCCACCACCCCCGCCUCCGUUUCCCAAAGAUAUUCUGGGAGCAGGCAAAGAGAAGGUAAUAUUCCUUUAAUCCUCAACUACACUCUGGAGUCUGGACCGGGCCUUGUCCACCAUAAAAACUCAAAUGAAACACUGAUGGAGCUGCUACAAGGACUUUCACACAUGGAAAGACUAAUGGAUGUUAUAAAAGACAUUGGACAUGACCGAAAGACGUCUCCAUGUGUGCCCAUCAUGAAGAGGACCGUCACGGUAUUUUAUCCCUGGAAACCAGCUGUUUGAUUACAGAUUGGUCAAAAAAGUAAAUAAAUACUGAUGUACUUUGUAAAAAUAUAAAAUAUGUACAGAGAUCAGCCCAUUUGCACAUUGAGAAUAUAUAUAAUACCAUUUUAAAACAAAACCUUUAAAUGCCAAAGUUGUUUAUUUUAUUUGAAAUGAAAGUAGGUUGCCUUUUACCAUUAGCACUCAUGUCUUAACUACUAAGCUUUACUUGUAUUUUACUUAAUGAUACAUUUUAGAUGUAAGGUGCCAAGCACAAACUUUUUAUUGCAGAGUGAAUCUGAUAACUGAGGAAUUUGACCUGUAGUUUCGCUCUUUGGUAUUUCCUGUAAUCAUGAAACUAAAACGUUAUGUGAAUGAACCUACAAUUUGUUUGUAAUAUCAGCUGUUUAGUGCACUUCCUGACUGGAGACAGCGACUCAGGUUGGUUUUCAUUUACGACUAAACGGCUGCGGGAAGCCUUUAUAAGAAUGUAAGAUAAUUCAUUAUAAGUGGCAUUCCCUGUUAAAUAAGGUUCUGGCAUAAUUCAACAUGUUGAUGAUGGACCUGUCUUUUUUUUGUUUAAUUUGAAUUUCCAAAACCAACCAAUGGUUCUUGGAAUAAAAGAUUGUUGACUUGA